AUGGCGAUGAGUUCUACGAUGUUGUAUCCGACGGCGCCAUAUCCCACCGAUGACCAAAUACGACAGACCGUUUCCCAAGCUGUUCAGCCGGCAGUAGUCGAGGAAUCCAUUGAAAGCUUCUCAGAAGAACAUGAACUAACGUUCUGUCAACAACCACUACGUGCCCGAGUUGCUGGGACUAAAGACAAAGAGCGGAAACCCAUUGAUCCACCCCCUAUCAUCCAGCUCCAUGUCAGAGAUGACUGUGAGGAAUCAAACAAUUUCCUUCAAAGCCCUUACUACUUCAUGUGCUGCUCCCUGUAUAGUGCAGCAGACGGCGAAGAACCGAGUCCGAUAGUACCCGCAGGUGCUCUGACGGGCACACUGGUAUCCUCGUUACACCGUCUGAAGGACCAUAAUAAUCGGGAUGGCGGUUUUUUCGUAUUUGGUGAUCUCUCUGUUAGGGUAGAAGGCCAAUUCAGACUCAUGUUUGACUUGUUCGAGCUUAAAGGUGCCAAUCGGAACCAUGCCAUUCACAUCAAAACCUUGAGCUCGAACCCAUUCAAAGUGCUUGCUCCUAAAAACUUUCCGGGGAUGGCAGAAUCAACUCUCAUGUCGAAAUCGUUUGCUGACCAAGGUGUCAAACUCCGGAUUCGUAAAGAGCCGCGAACACUAUUCAGAUCAACCAAGAGGCAAUAUAACCACAGUGAUCAAUAUCAUCAUACCUCGGCCGUUGAACAGUCUCGCUCUCCAAAGCGCCAGGCCAUAGGCCAUUCUGGCCCCAAUCAUCAACAUAUUCCAAUUUAUACAAACCAUCCCACCCUGCAAACAGGCUAUAUUGGACAGCAGAUGCAUGCAGGUCAUCCAAGUCAAGCUAGUCCGUCCAAUCCUGUCCCUCAGUUUAUGGGCAACGGCCUUAUCCCUGCCCCAUGGUACUUGGGUCGAUAA